UCAGGCGGAGAAACAGACAGACUGGGGUGUGUGAGCUACAUCUGGAAUAGUAUCUACAGAGAGUCCGAAAGCAGAAGCAAGGUGAUACUUUCCCAGCUCUUCAGCUCGAUCCGUUAAACGGAGAAAAAAGCCAACAACUUUUGUUUUGCCUUUUUUUACCUACUUGAAAAAAAAAUGCUGCUCAUCCUGCUUGGAGUGCUGAUCUUGCACGUAAUCAUUCUCAUUCUCCUCAUCGUGUCGACAGCUGCCACUGCCUGGUCUGUAGGUAACAGUGGUGGCAAAGAUCUAUGGUACAAAUGCUCAACAAACAGUGGAGUUUACGGUUGCCUACCAUCCAGCAAUGAAGACUGGAUCCAGGCAGUGCAAGCUCUCAUGAUCCUGUCAGUGCUCUUCUGCUUCUUCUCCCUCAUUGCGUUUUUAUAUCAGCUGUUCAGACUGGUCAAGGGCGGACGCUUCUUCUUCACUGCCAUCUUCCAGAUCUUAGCAAGUGUGUUUGUGAUGUGCGGGGCGAUCAUCUAUACUGUGAUGUGUCCAGAGGAUAAAAAAAUCUAUACACACUUCGGGUAUGCGUACGUGCUGGCUUGGGUGGCUUUCCCUUUGUGUCUCAUCAGUGGCCUAAUUUAUAUCGUCCUGAGGAAGAAAGAAUGAAAGAAUCAGGGGAGGAGAAAUAAGGAAGGGUAGUUAGGAGGCCCUUUACUACAACAGCGCACUGUGCUUACUACCCACAGACCAUAGACUGACAUCCCAACAAAAGUGCAUGUGUCACCAACACAAAAUAGAUUUUUUUUUGCUGUAUUUCAGUAUCCAUUAUUUCUCUGAAAACAUCACACCUGUUUUUUGGGGGGAAUUUCAACAGCACACCUGUGUUAUCAGAGUGUGUUUGGAAAUGCAUUGGUGACAUAUUGAUUUUUGAUGCAUGCUGGCACUUGAUUUCAACAAAUCCAUCAACGGUGAUGAGAUGAAUAACAUUGCAUUGCUUCAGUACAAAGAUGUACAUAGUGUCUGUGGUUUUUAGACAUAUUUAUAACAUUUUUUCAUACAUUGUGUACAUAAUGUCGUCAAGUUAACAUUGUCAUGCUCAAUUAUGUGAUAGAGUUUGUGUCUUUCACAAGUCAUGCAGCUGUGCCAAAGAGAUGUCGCUUCAAAAGCCAGAAUAUCAAGCUUCCUAUUUUUUUAACAUUGUUUUUUAUGUUUUAACUGUCAGAUGCUUUGAUCCAUGUGCCUUACUUAAUCUGUUUAAUUCUUGAAGGAAGUAAGAAAACCCUCCAAAUUGAAAAUAAGUGUUAAUACUCAUGAAGUUUUGUUUCCUGACUUAUCAUUGUACUUGAUAUACCAAAUAAAAAUGUUUUGCAUUUUGUAACCUAGUUUUAAAAAUGGUGCUUUUUUUUCUUUUCUUUUCUUUUCUUUUUUUUGUUUUUUUACUAUCCUUGAACUGUAUAGCCUACUUUGUGUUGCAAGUGUGUCAUGUCCUGUGAUUAAUUUGCUUUUGUACAAACUCGAGUUUGCCUUUUUUGUCAGUAUUUUAAAUAAACCUUUUGAAAAUAA